GCGAACAUUUCUGGACAGAUAUCAACAAAGAGAAACAAAUUUGCGUUAGAGACCCGUCACUGAAUUCAGUUGUAUGCAAUGGUGAUAGUGGUGGUCCUUUACUACAAGAACAUAGUGGUCAGUGGGUCGUUGAUGGUGUAACUAGUUUUGGAGAGAGAGAGUGUGAAAUGGUUAAUCACAAUAUGCCGAAUGUCUAUACUCGUGUAUCGGCUUAUUUACCUUGGAUCAACGGAAUCAUGGAUAAAUAA